GAAGAAGCCGAAGCUGCGAAGCUAAAACCCGUCGGAUUGGAUGGGCCAAGCAAGGCAAAGGCAAACGCAAACAAACAAACUUUUAUUGCUUCUUCGCACUCCAAUAAUCACUCUUUCGUAAUCGUGUCGUGCCUUGCUUCGCGUCCUUUCGUCCACAUGUGUCUGUCUCCCUUUGGCCAUCAUAGUUUGGCGACAGAUUCCCUGAACGAUGGCACCGUCAACUUACAAAGACAAGCCCAGCGGGGCUCUGAUAUCAUUCAACGCGAGAUGGAUUUCCCACACCCAUACCAUCGUAGCAUACACUGCCUUUCUUAGCGCGCUUAUCGUUGGUUGUUCGCUGCAUUAUCACAAGAUCGUCAAGAAUGAGUUCUAUGGCUACCCACAAGAGUGGUUCCCCUCGGUUUCCGCAACCAUUGGCGAUCGAUACCCCGAGCGAUCCUUCUUCCAGCUGUUUAUUGCGAUAACAUCUGGUGCUCGAUUCGCUUUGGUCGGAUUAUGGUAUCUCCUCACUGCAAAGUCCGGCGCGGCAUUGCCCAAGUUCGUAGCUGCCAUGGGACUGCUCCGCACAUUCACGUGUGGCGGCUGGACUUAUGUUACCUCGACCGAUGACCACGACUGGCACGACAUUUUUAUGAUCUCCUACCUCGUUCUCACGAUACCCUGGACUACCGGCUGCAUCGCACUGAGUCCCCCGAACGCAAAGGCGAUCAAGUACAGAAAGGUUCUUGCCGCUGCCUUCUUUGGCACUCUCGUUCCUCUGAUCUAUUUCUUCAUACAACACAAGGUGCACCGUGUGGCUGGUGCCUACACAAUUUACGCUUUCUUCGAAUGGUCGCUCAUACUCCUCGAUGUCGCAUUCGACGCUGUUACUGCUCUGGACUUCUCCACCUUUGAAAUCGUGGUGAGAGACGUUGGUGGAUUUAGCCAGGGAGAGAAGUCCCGUGUCCCGACAACGAGCAGAGCCCUGCAGAAGCAGAAGUCCAGAGCGACAGGCGGUGUCUUUAAUGCAAAGCUUUCGUGGAGAGAGGUGUUCGACACUGGUGCUGAGGUCUACCAUGGCUUCGUCUUCUGGUCCAUGCUUACCAGUCUGGGCGUUGUGAUCUGGUAUUUUCCACUUUGGCACAUGGGAAUCUCAGGGUACGAGGUACUUGUCAUGUCAACAGUCUCUCCAAUACUUUUAGGCAUCAAGCCGCUACGAUCGUUGGUCGUCAAUAACCUACGAAUCUGUCACCUGUUAUCCUUGUCUGGGCUUCUUGCUUGGCUCAUCACAGACCCCGUCUAUCGACUUUUCACCGUGGGAUUUGGUGUGUGGAUGUCUUGUUUGUCAUGGGCUGCCACUCUAUAUUCCGAUAACGUCCACGAGGCCCGUCUUGAGUCCAAGAUCCUUGCUUGGACUGUAGGUUUGGUUUUAUCUGCAACGGCCAAGUACGCAUGGUGGACAAACAAUCCAAUCUGGCCAAUCAUGCAUGCCGAAAAUGGAGGAAAGAAUGAGAUCGGACUUGUCUUGGCUAUCAUGGCAGCUUGGACAUUCACUCGCAGAUCGCCUCUGAACACUGGAAUUGCCAAAGAAGACCAGUCUGUCGGUGGAUCCGCUUUGCUUUCUGCGUUUGGCGUUGGUGGCCUAUUCUUCGGCCUACAUUCCUUGCUUUCAGACACAAGUACCAUGAUCCUCUGGGUCUGGGAAGGUUAUCCAGUCAGGGGCCCUCAAUCUGCAGAGCAUGGUUGGCUCACUGUCGCUGCCAUGACUACCGGUCUCCUUACUGGUGUUGCUCGACCUGAACUUGUCAGCACGUGGUCCGCUUUUGGCAUUGGUAGUGUAGGAGCUGCGGUCCUCACGACAAGGCAUAACUGGGUCGGCUAUACCGGCGCGCUCACAACAGCCUUCUAUUUGAUGGCCAUAGCGCCCCCGAUUCUGACGCAAGCUUCUAAGAAAAGCCCAGCCACCACUUUCGGACUUGGCUUCCUCAUCUACAAUUUUGUAGUUCUCUUCCACGUUUGGGUUGUUGCCUACGCUUUUGUUCCAGGCGGCCCUUACGUCCGCGAACACACGGACUGGAUCAUGAUCACCAUGAUGGUCCUCCUCGGUGCUGGUGUCUGGAACCUGACCUCUACCAACGCACGACGCCAACAGAGCAAGACGCCAGCGCGUGCGCAGUCGCAGCACCGAAAGUAUCACACAUGGGCUCUUGCAUUGACUAACAUAUUAUUCCUUGUAUCAGCUUAUCAUCGCUUCCCUGUUUAUGCCGAAUACAAACCUUAUCAUGAAGACUCGCGAGUUCUCACAGCCGGUAUCUGGACAAUUCACUUCUCCCUUGAUAAUGAUAUGUGGUCAUCUGAAUACCGGAUGCGUGAUCUGAUUAAGGAGCUUGAAAUUGAUGUCAUUGGCCUUCUCGAAUCAGACCUCCAGCGUAUCAUCAUGGGCAAUCGUGACACCACACAAUUUCUCGCCGAGGACCUUGGCAUGUACGUUGACUAUGGCCCAGGGCCCAACAAACACACUUGGGGUGCGGCACUUUUGUCGAAAUUUCCCAUCGUCAACUCGACACAUCAUCUUCUCCCGUCGCCUGUUGGAGAGUUGGCCCCGGUCAUCCAUGCCACGCUUGACUGUUAUGGCGAGUUGGUGGACGUGUUUGUCUUCCACUCCGGACAGGAAGAGGAUCCCGAGGACAGAAGGUUGCAGAGCGAGUACCUCUCCAAGCUCAUGGGUUCGUCGCCACGUCCAAGUAUCCUGCUUAGCUACCUGGUCACGAACCCUCUGGAGGGCAAUUACAACACGUACGUUUCUGAAAUAUCAGGAAUGCACGACGUCGACCCGUCUGACUGGGACCGGUGGUGCGAGUAUAUUCUCUACAAGCAUCUUAACCGUGUCUCAUACGCAAGAGUCAGCCGCAGCACGAUCACAGACACCGAAUUGCAGGUAGCCAAGUUCGUGAUACCGAAGAGCGAUGGCGAGAAGGCGCUUGUCGCGUCUAUGGAGGCAAACCCAGCGCUCCGCGACCGAAGAGUGAUCGAGAACGCAGUGCCAGAAGGCUGGAGAUUCCCAGAUCUCUUCAGAGGGGAGGGCGUCAGGGGUCACAGAUAUCAUGUCUUUGAUGCACCAAGAUACUAUAAACCUGAAUAAGGUAUACGAUACCCAGUAGGAAAUAAGGAAGGAUAAUGGUGGUAAUGGAAUGAUAGGACGAAGAAGUAACGAUCGCAUGGUAACGACAUGAAGAGAACGGGAAGGACGGACAUGGGUAGGGUUAGGGAUAGCGCCGGUCCUCUUCUGAUCACUAAUAGUCAACGAUUAUACCAAUACGUUUAGGUUGUGUAUGGCCUGGUCCGACUUAGGAAGGAUUUGGUUUCCUGUUUUGGCUGCGCGACCACAUAGACUAGAUCAGGCCGAUUUAAAUCUAACGUGGGAAGAUUCUUAUUCGAGAUUACUUAAGCACAACGUUAACGGCCGACUUGCCGCUGGACUUGCCGUGACUCCGCAAUUUCGGUGUUG